UUUCUCUUCCCUCUACACAACAACAAAGAAAAAUCCAAGCAACAAACAAAAAUCUCAUUUUCUCUCAUCAAAUGCAAUAUUACAAGGCCGGAAAGAUCUAUACUCCGGCCACUGCUACCCUUUUAUUCAAUGUCGACAUAUUCUAGUUUUGCCGAACCACCACCCUCAACAAACUACAGCCCGCCAGUACCUGUACUUUUAACAUUAAUUUUCCUCGUUUUGUUCUUCUUUGGUUUUUUCGCAGCAUACUUUUGUAGGUGUAUCCUGGAAAAUCUUGUUAGUACCUGGACUAAUCGGCGUAACCCUUCAGGUGCUAUAGCUGCCACAGCAGAUGCAACUAUAAGUGAUGGCCUUGAUCCUGAACUAAUACAAGCUUUCCCAACUUUCUAUUAUUCCUCUGUCAAAGAGUUUCGUCGCGAAAAGUAUGGCCUAGAUUGUGCUAUUUGCUUGGGAGAGUUCAGCGAUGAUGAUAUGCUUCGACUUUUGACAAUUUGUUGUCAUGUUUUCCAUAAAGAAUGCGUUGAUCUUUGGCUUGAAUUGCAUAAAACAUGUCCAGUUUGUCGUGGGGAGCUAGAUAUGCAUAGGAAAUCAUUAGAGAAGUCCCCGAUACUUGUUCAUAGCAAUUCCAUGCAUGAAAUCGGAGCAAAUCAAAGUUCACUACAAGAUGCUGUUUGCAUUGACAUUAAAGAAGAUAACAAUGAGAAAGUUGAUGGAGGAGAAGAUGAAGCACAAGCCUCUUCAAAUACAAGAGAAAAACAUAAUAGGAAACGUGACAGGAUGGAAAGAUUUUCGAAGUCACAUUCCACCGGGCACUCCAUACCUAGGAUUAGAGAAGAGGAAGAUAGAUAUACUCUGAGAUUGCUUGACCAUGUCAAAAUAAAAAUUCUAAGGGGACAUAACUCUGCAGGAAGUUGUAUUGCAUUUGGAGAUUUUACAAGCCCCUCGGACUAUAGGAUUAAUGGAAGUUCUGGUGAAGCAUCAGAGACACACCGAGGAGACAUUAAUAAAGUAUAA